UACUGUUUUCGAAAUAUGGCGGCAACUGUCAAAGCUUUUUCAACUUUGCCGACAACUAAAUUAUUAGGAGCUUUGAUCUCGCUUUAGUACUUUUGGCAAUGGCCUUUGACAACAGGAGAGCUCUUUGGCUGGCAGCUGGCCUACUUUCAGGCUUAGGGACGGCUUUCUGUAUCGCUGAAUUACGAAAAUUUAUCAGGGAAAAAUGUACGCGUAAGCCACUGUCCCAUCUGGAAGAUAAUAUUAAAUUAGAGGAUCUGGAAAUUCUCGUACGCUCUUCCAAUUACUCACUGAGGAAGAGCGCCGAACAAGUUGUGCUGGAUAAAGCAAUGAAGAACAAAAAUUUAGAUUUUAUCGUGAAUGCCUGCUUCAGUGAUGACGAAUUUCAAGUUUUGAAGGCAGUUGUUGCUCUGGCUAUGCUGGUAAAGAACUCGGAACGCAACGAGAGAGAAAAAUUGAUUGAGCACAAAGUACUUGAAUCGCUCUCUCACUCCCUCGUUCAGUCGGUGCAAGUUGGCUAUAGAAGGCUAGUCGAGAUGGGAGGCUAUGACUUGCGUUUGCAAAGAUGUGCGUCGGAAUCGUUAUUUCAUUUAAUUUACGAUGAAGAGGCGACUAAACUUCGUCUGGCUCAGUCAAAUUCGUCCAUUUUUGCUGUUGUUUUACAGUUGAUUUCGGAGGGGAGAAGUAAAGAGGUUAUGCGAUGGAGUUUGUUCAUUGUUCAUCAGCUGGCGUCCUGUGACUCGUUGCGACCUGAACUGUUAGCCAACGGUGUUAUACCAGCUGUCUCGGCGAUGCUUGUGAGAAACCAAGGAGACUUUAUACUCAUGAAAACAUGUCUGCACACCAUGGUGAUGUUUGUGAACAACACUACGGAAAGUGAGAUUGCACAUCUCAAGGAGAUGGCUAAAUAUGAUGUCUUUAGGACGGCGGUAGUGUCCCUCAGAGCAGAUGAUGGUGACCUUGUUUACUGGGCAGCUGGACUUUUGCAUCAGUUUGCUAUUCAAGACCUUUACAAAGCAGAAAUCUGUGCCACUCCAAACAUUGUCAAAUCUUUGCAGAAUGUUUUAUGCUCAAGUGAAGCAACUUUACAGAGACUAAUUCUGCGUCUUCUCAGUUUCUUGUGCGUUGGAAGCAAAUCCUUCAGGAACAGUGUGCUUCACUGCUCCUCUCUUGUGGCACGGCUACCAGUGUGUCUUGCAUCGGGUGACACAGACAUUGUCCACUGGUCAGUGGUUCUGCUUCAUGACUUGGUUCUGUCUGAAGGGAAUCCAGCUGCAAAUCGUGCUGCAGCUCUGAGAGUGCUGUCCAUGGCUACUGAUGUGAUCAAGGCUCUGGUCCCGCUGGCCUGCAGGCAAGAUAACAUCUUGAUUCGUAUGGUAGCAGAACUCCUUGGUCUCUUUUGCACUAUUGAAAAUUUACAAAGCAGAGUUCUUGAAGAUGGCUGCCUGAAAGCUGUGCUGGCUUACUCAGAGUCAACAGAUACUGAACUGCAAUUCUGGGCAUCAGCUCUACUGUUGAACAUGGCCAUGACAUCUGACGGCGUCAAGAAAGAAAUCAUUAUGCUGGGAGGAUUAAAGUCUCUAAUGGAGUUAGCCAUUGGAGACAGUGAUCACCCGCAGUGUUCUGCUCAUGCAGCCAAAACUCUUGUCAUGUUGGGAUUUCUUGACACAGAAAUCCCAGUGUGCAUCAAGUCGCUUGGGUACAAAAGCGGCGACCGUGUUAGUAUUUUAAUCAACGGCAAAGAACAUUGUCCUAAUAAACCUGGUAUCAAUAUUGUGGUGAUGGACUUCACGACAUUCAACGUCACCGAGGCUGCAGCAUUCGAUACUGGGCACGACAAGGAAGCCAGCGAUCACCUUGUGGAGUUUGUUGAUAUGAUACCAAUAGGUACACUGGUUUUCAUAGCGGUGCGAGGAGAGGCAGACUAUUAUAUGACUGACAAGGCAAGGUUGAGUCUAAAAGACAUUGGUAUCGAAGAUUAUAAUUUCAAGACUGGCGAACUUUGGACAUUUUGUGGAUACAAAAGAAGAGACGGAGCAGUACAGAUUUCUCUUCAACGAGGCUUUGAUGUUGUUGAGCUGUCCACGACGCUAAGUUUAGGUUACUAUUCAAAUGAACAGGUCCAAGGUUACAUUUUGUUACCACUGAUCGAUCUUUUGAUGAGCACGCCUGCUUCGCUCGCCAUCAGCAAAGUGUCAGAACUGGAGCUGCUAACUGUUCUUGCGAGACAUGAUCAUCAUAAAGAAGGAUAAAUUCACCGAAUACAAUGUCUUGGAUUGUGUUCUUAGCCUUCUAUCUCUGAUCAACUCUAUUCAGCUCGAAAGGCUGAAACAGCAGCUUAAAACAAGAACUGGAAGAAUGGGACAAACAGACAUUUUGGUAAUUGAAGCAGAAGAUUUCAGUGCCAACGAGAUUGUGCAGCCAGUUGAGGAAAACGCAGUUAGUCAUGUGGUUAAUUCUCCAGGAGGAAACUUCUCCAGUGUACCAGAAGAAGUGAAACUAACAGCAAGUGGCUUAAGAACUCCGGUUCACGGCCCCACUACAGACGAACCAGCCUCUGUAAAAAGCGGUUCCCCGUUUUAUAGCACGUUUGAGAAAAAAUCCAACACGAAGCCUCUCCUGACAGAAAGCGUGACAGGAGAAGCGAUAAUUCAAGAUGACUUAGAUGAAGCGUUUUCCACUCUUACCGGCCUAAGUGUGAUAACGCUUUACAACUGCAUCGACUUGAUUUCAAGUCUGGAGGAGUUUCGUAGGCGCCUCUCUAAGGCUGAAACUAUGCGGAUUUUAUGGUGUCGACUUUUGACUGCCUCGUGUGGUUCAUCGACCAUUCAACAGAUUGAACUCGCCACUGAAAUGUUACUGAAUUCGUGCUGCUGCAUGACGAUGUUGGGAAAGUAUACCACAGAACUUGUGGUAGAGCUUGACGAGCAGACGAAGACUCCGGCUCUUGUACUGAGCGCGGAUCGUCUGGAGGCAUCAAAUCCAAACUGGACUUUUGAAAGCGUGCAUUCCACCUUGUGUGUGGGACGUGGGAUGUCUACAGUGCCACCUUAUCCGGCUGGCUGGUACUAUGAAGUCACCCUGAAGUGUACAGGAAUACUGCAAAUAGGCUGGCAAACCGAAGAAUGCCGAUACGGUCCCGAGCGAGGCGUUGGGGUUGGUGACGACAAGAACUCGUGUGCUUUCGAUGGUGCGCGGUGUAAAGUAUGGAGUGGACCCCCUAGUGAACAACUGAACAAUGACUAUGGAAAGGAAUGGAGUUACGGGGAUGUCUUGAGCUGUUUGUUCUCUUGGAAUGGAGAGGUGUCCUUUUGGUUGAACGGGGUAGAUAUGGGUGUGGCAUUUAGGGGGUUAAACCCUGGGGUUAAUUGGUAUCCUGCGGCAUCCAUCGCCAUGGACCAGCAGUGCUGCUUCAACUUUGGUGGCAAACCCUUCAGGUAUGAAAUGCCUGAUGGAUACAUAGCUGUAAGUCACGUGGUCUCUAACCUGGUCAAGAAAGCUUCACUGCGCCUAUCGUCGUGUUGGACACCAAUCAGCGGUAGCUUUGAAAGCAUUGUGGAGGAAGAUGAGGAAGUGAUUGAUGAUCAAGAACUUGAGGCCUCAGAAACUAAGACUGACGAUACAGGUAUGCUCACUCCUUGUGAUAAGGAGCCUUCUAGUGUUGCCAUGAAGGAGGAACAGCCAUCCGUUCUUUCUCUGGAACACAGCGUGGCUGAUUCAGACGUGUUGUUUGACUACCAAGACACUUCCUCUGUGAGCGAAUGUUCUCUCGCCUUAUCUCCUGAACCCACAAAUCACUCUUUAACAUUUGUUACACCUCCCUCUGGUGUCUUCACCACGCCUCAAAGCUCUCCGCCCAAAGUAUCUGGGCAUGACGUGUUCUUUCUUGGAUCCGAGCCUGAGCCUUCGCCGUUUGAAGUGGUAUCGACUGGCGACGAGACAGUGAGUGAAGAAAAGCCUCCAUUUGAAGAAAAACACGUGACCAGCACUCCAUAUUUAGGCGUAGGCCCUUUGAGAGACUCUAUUGGAAGGCACUUUGAAGCAAGGUCACGUCUGAGCUCCUGGCCACAAGUGGCAACCCCAGGAGAGUCUUUCAUAGAGCCAAUUGUGCCUUGUCUGUACUUCGAAGCAGAGCUGAAAUUUGCUCCAUGCCGAGUCAAACAAAUGGGUUUCAUCAAUGUGGAAACAAGGGAGAAAAUUUAUUGUGACGUACAUGACGGCCAUCUUCAGUUUCCCAAGUCGUCCAGUCCCACUCCGCACGAACAACAAAGUUUCAGGGUUCCGGAUGUUGUGGGCUGUGCAGUAAUAUUAUCGACGGGACAGAUCAUGUUUACCUUAGAUGGAGUAGCAACCGGACAAUUUUACGACUUCCCAUCAAGUAAACCAUCGUCGAUGGUCAUUGAAAAUCUUUUUCCGUACAUAUCUUGCACUCGAAUCCGUUGUAACUAUGGGCAACGGUCGUUCCUGUUUGGGGAUGCGAAUAACAAAGAGUCUCUUGUUAUGAGUGGGGCUCUGCUGCAUGGACUGGCCGAAGAAAACUUAAGGCUGUAGGCUGACAAUAUAAGUGUAUUUAGAACAACACAGCGGUCAAACGUCUGCGCAUGUGCGGCCUUUGGAAUGAUUCGGCGGCGUGUUUUCAGGCUGUCAAAACCAAGCGGCCUCACGCGAGUUUCAAGCAGCCACAUAAGCCCUCGGUCACUGUGUUUUAAAAGCGUAUAGCUUUUUCGGUAAAGCUCAAAACAGAAUGCUUUGCAAGUCUCGAGUUUUUCCAUUGCUCUAUUUUAGUUUUUUUUUUUUUACAGAUUUCUGUGAACUUUUCCAAUUAUCCUUUGCUUAUUUUGCAAAACUGCGGUUGUUUUCCUUUGAAAUUUUGUGCGGGAAAUUGGCGCACGGUCGGCCAAAACUGAAUCCCUCGCGCAUGCCCGACCUUUGACCGCUGUGCUAUUUAGAAAAAGGUACAGUUUCAAGUUAAGGCCCAGCAGCUAUCUAUGAAGUAUUCGAUUGCUUUUUGAAAUGAUGCGAAGCAAGUUAAGUAUUUUUGCUGGACCUCUUUUACCUUUUAGAAUGUCUUUCUCGUGUCGGUUUGUAAAUUUGUGAAAAAUGUAUCAUAGUGGUAAUCUGACAUGCGAUUAAAAAAACACCCAUGUUUCCCGGA